AUGGAUGACCAGCUGAUGAACAAUGAAACUUUUUACCAACUUUGUCAACAGCUUUUGCUUGACCGAAAGAACUCCACCGGUGAAACUCGUAUUCUCUCAGAGUUCAUGCGGCCGACCCCGGUCAAAGUCUGGGGCAUCGGCCUGGCGUUCAUUACAUUGGUUUGUUUCUGCGCAGCUGUCGGCAUUGUCCUCCUUCCGGUGAUAGGAAAGAGGAACUACAGCAGGAUUAUCACGUGGUUUAUUGGACUCGGAGUCGGUUCAUUAUCGGGGACAGCCGUAUUUCAACUUCUGCCAGAGGUAAAUCUGUUGUCAAUGCCAACACGGGCGAUAUGCGGCAUAUACGGAUUUUUUAUAAUCGACAGCAUCAUCAAAAUUACUUCCAUGUUUUCUUCAGAAAAGAAACUAUUCAAGUUUGACGGUACGAUAGCCAGUGUUGCUUGGAUGAUCAUAUUCGGUGACGGUUUCCAUAACUUAAUCGAUGGCGUAUCAAUAGGCGCUGCUUUCACGAACAACAUCAUGUCUGGCAUUAGUGUUGCUAUUGCCGUGAUUUGUGAAGAAUUUCCUCAUGAGUUAGGUGAUGUCGCAAUACUCCUUAAUUCCGGUAUGAGUCCACGACAGACGUUGGUCUUUAAUCUUUUAUCCGCCUCAACGAUUUACGUCGGCUUCGUCAUCGGAGUGCUAGCCGGCGAAGUAAAGGACGCCAGUUCGUUCGUAUUCGCCUUUGCUGGUGGCAUGUUCCUGUACAUAUCUUUAGCAAACAUGAUACCAGAAAUGCACGAAAAGUUUGAAGCGACUGUCAGCGAAGACAUUAAUCAGGGCAUUAAAGUGUUCAUCUUGCAGACUAGUGGUGUCAUGGUAGGACUCGGUUGUAUGUUCGUGUUGGCAAUGUUCGGCCAAGACAUCGACCUGAACAACUGA